GAUUCAUCCUCAUUGCUGCAUAUGUCACAAUUUCAGUUGACUGCUGUUUCAUUCAAUAAUUAGGCUUAAGUUCAAAUACUCACUUUUACAUACCUAUGUGCGUACAUACAUACGUGACCACAAAUAUAUAUAUACAUUUAUAUUUUUGGCGUGACAACAUUUCCAUCAGAAUUACUCGCAGUUUCAUUCGCUCUUUCAAUCGUGUCGGAAGCAGGCAAUUCGAGCACGGACCGCAAACGUUAACAGAACAAACGGCCAUUUUGAGGCACGCAUCGUGCGAUUACAAAAUAUAAAUAUACACACACAUAUUCAUAUAUCUAUUCAUAUGGAGCAACACAUCUAAAUUGCAAUUGCACAAAAUCAUUAGUGAAACAAAAUUGGAGGUGAUCGGUGAAUAAAGUGCAAGAAUUUUGUGUAUAUAAAUUGGACAAAUGAAGCAGCUAUAACGAACGAGCCUUAAACAAAAGGAGUCAAAGACCAAAAAAAAAACCAAAAAAUGCUCGAAUCGCCCAAGUUUAUUGCAAAUGAUUGCUACGAUGGCAGCCGGAUUUUUACCUGGUUGGCCGACAUGGUUGGACUCUCUGUUGAUUUGGUCAACUUUCUAAUCUGCCAAAUAUUGGCGCUCUUCCUGGCCUCGCUCUUCCGGUCGUGGUUGCAUCCAUCGAGGGUCUCCUAUGAGGUGCGCCACGUCUUCGCCUUAUCGCUGGGCCUGGCCUUUGGCUACUUUUGCUUUGGCCAGCAGGCCAUACACAUUGCCGGACUGCCCGCAAUAUGUUUCAUUGUAAUACGCACACAGGAUCCACGCAUUGUGCAGAGGAGCGUCAUGCUAGUGGCCAUGGGCUAUUUGUUGUGCGUGCAUCUGAUGCGUCAGAUCUAUGAUUAUGGCUCAUAUGCUCUGGACAUUACUGGACCCUUAAUGAUCAUAACACAAAAGGUGACCAGCCUGGCAUUCAGUAUACACGAUGGUUUCGUGCGCAAGGAUGAGGACAUGACAAAGGCGCAACAAUAUCAUGCCAUUAGGAAAAUGCCAUCGGCAUUAGAGUUCUUCUCGUAUGUGUGGCACUUUCAGGGUCUCAUGGCCGGUCCAUUGGUCUUUUACAAGGACUACAUUGAAUUUGUGGAGGGCUGCAAUCUGUUGAAGCGGCCGGCGGGCAAUGGCAAUCUGGACAAUGGUAAAUCGGAACUGGUGUUGGAGCCGUCGCCGACGAAAACCGUGAUACGAAAAGUGCUUGGCAGCUUGGUGUGCGCAUUCAUUUUCAUGAAGUUUGUGAAAAUAUAUCCAGUGAAGAAUAUGAAGGAGGAUGAGUUUGUCAAUGGCACGGGCAUAAUGUAUAAAUUCUGGUAUGCCAUGAUGGCAACCACCUGCAUACGCUUUAAGUAUUAUCAUGCAUGGCUACUCGCCGAUGCCAUAUGCAAUAAUUCAGGUUUAGGCUUCACCGGCUACGACAAGGAUGGCAAUGCCAAAUGGGAUCUAAUAUCCAAUAUUAAUGUGCUCUCAUUCGAGUUUGCCUCCAAUUUCCGGGAUGCGAUUAACAAUUGGAAUUGUGGCACCAAUCGUUGGCUGCGCACGCUCGUCUAUGAGCGCGUGCCCAAGAAGUACGGCACACUGUUGACGUUCGCUCUGAGCGCCGUGUGGCACGGUUUCUAUCCGGGCUACUAUUUGACAUUUGCCACGGGCGCCUUGGUGGUGACAGCAGCGCGCACAGCUCGCCGCAUGUUCCGCUAUCGCUUCCAGAGUACGCAGUUCACGCGCGUCUUCUACGACAUUCUCACCUGCCUCACCACACGCAUGGUGAUGGGCUAUGCAACAUUCCCAUUUGUUCUGCUUGAAUUUAUGGGCAGCAUUAAAUUGUACCUGAAAUUUGGUUUGUGCCUUCAUCUUAUUUCACUAGUGACCAUAUUUAUUUUACCCCAAUUCAUUCGGGGCGAGCAGCGCGCAAAGCGCUCCAGCCGGAAUAGCGCCGGCAUCAAUGUGGAGAGCGAUAAUAACGCAACUGAAGCAACAGUUGCUGUUGCCGCUGAUCCGCUGACCGUGAACAAUACGAAUGAUGAUCUCAAGGACAAUGAAGAGGAUGGUGGCAUGGUUAAGGAAACGUAUGCAAAACGUAAUGACACAUUGCCACAGCAGCAGCAAUUGCAGCAGCACAACCACAAUUCAACGAGUCAGCCACAGAAUAAUAAAAUACUCCAACCACGCCCACAGCAGCAACACCAGCAGAACCUGCAGCAGCAGCAGCCCUCAAGCCCAAAGCCGAACAAUCAACAUCAUCAUCAACAGCAGACGUGCGCUCGCGACGCGGUUAGCGUGCCGCACGAUCAGUGCGAAAUGGAUCAGUUGUCUAGCAAGCUGAAGGAGAAGAUUGAAGCGGAAACCAAAAAUAUUGAGGAAUUUAUUGAUAAGACUGUUACCGAAACCGUCAGCGGCAUCGUUGAGUUCAAAAACGAUCUGAUGCGCGACAUUGAGUUUCCUAAACUGAAGCUAGCCGCCGGCACUGUCAGCAGCGGUGCCGCCAAUCUGGUGGAUGCCGCUGCUGCUGGCCUGCGCAAACGCAACAUAUCCUCUGCCCACACCGACAGCAACAGCAACACACACACCAAUUCUGGUGGCAACGCCCUGCCAGAACAUGGUCAGGAGGAGAACAGCGCCGCCUUUCUCAAAAAGGAGAUCGAUGUGAUCAAUGCGGUGGUGCAGCAGGCAAAUGUUUUGCCAGCUGUCCUCAGCAACGGGCAUGCCAAAUAGUUUGAUGAUGCAGCAGCAGCAGGCAGCGGCGACGCCGAAGAAUACAAAAUGUCAGCUGUGCAACAAACAACAACAACAAUUGAAUAAUUAACAAUAUAAUAAAAUUGGAUGGAUGGACUGAUGGAGAAUAGCAGGGGGGCAAGUGCUGGGUGCUGUAGCUUUAUAGCUUGACAAACACGCACACAGACACGCACAACACACACACACACACGCACAACAGACACACACAACUGCGCACAGAACAAAGCAACAGCAACAACAAUUACAACAACCACAAAACAACCAGGAAACAAAUAUUUGAAAUUUGUUUUGGUUUCAAAUUUGAAUUAAGAAAUUCCAUUGCUAAAAAAUUCAAGAGUUUAUAAAUUGUUUCUACAAUGCAGAAUUGAUAAAAAUAAAAUUAGUAUAGAUAUUUUAAAUUAAAUAGCCAAAAUAUUAUUAGAUAAGUACAAAAUGGAUAAUACCGGAUAUCGAUCGAUUCAUAUUCCAAGUGUUUUUUGCUCAGCAUCGUCUUUGUAUAAUAAUAAUAAUUGUGAGCGACUGUAAGCGAUUAAUUUAUGUGUAUUUUGAAAGUCUAAAUGUGCAUGAUAUCAAGUUUGUUGUUAAAUAUGUAUGUGUGUAUGUAUGUAUGUAAUUCGCUGUUGGUUCGUUUGUUAACAGCAGCGUGCAACGUCAAUACACCUUAUUUAUCGUAUGUAUUCAAAAAUUCUUCCAGUAUGUACAAUUUGUUUACAUAUUUACCAUAUAGUCUAUGUAUUGAAUGUCCACAAACCGAAUAUUUUGUCUUGUUUUUAACAUAACAAACCGCAAGAGACCUACAAGAAUGGCACAAGCAACAUCCUCAAAGCUAUGCUGAAACAAAAUAAAACAAAGAACAAUUUAUAUGAAAAAAAAUAUCAACAAAACAACAACUUUAGACUGAAGAAUGUUGGAAAUUGAAUACUGAAAAUAGAAAACAAACCAAAACAAAAAGGAAGCAAACAGAACGAAACACGCGUGGUUCAACUUAGUUCAUUAAGAAUAUGCCAUUUUAAUUGGCCUCGAUAUUAUUGAUUGAUAGCAAACUAUUUACGGUGUGUUAAUUAUGUAUGUUUGUGUGCAAACCGUGUAAGAAACGUGGCUAACUAACUAAUUGGCCAACUAGAUAGCCUCAGUAAUGAUCUUUGUACUCCUUCUUCCUCGGCAAUGUUUGCUGGAAUUUUGUAUGUGUAUAUAAUUAUUUGAAAUGAACUCCAACUCCAAAUCCCCUAGUAGUAGCUUAAGCACAUUUUACUUCGACUAUAUACUCGUAUUGUGUUUGAACAAUUUAUUUGUUAUUUGAAGUAAAUUUAACCAUCACACGCGUCUAUAUAUACAUUGUAUAUGCAUAUUUUUUAUAUUUAUAGAAAUAAAAACCACAAAAUAAACAAAAAGAACAGCAACAAAUCAGCGCUUAUUUGUUUGCAUUGCUAACGUUCCUGGGACUGCUGGUUUUAGAGUCCACACGACAGUUGCAUAUUUGAGGAAUCCACAACUAAUGUAUAACAUUGUCCAUUGAGAAACGUAGUAAGCUUGCAAGUGAAAUAAAUUGAAUUGUGUAUUUAUAUCAUA